AUGGCGCCCGAUUCCUACCACCAGCCGGUAUCAUUGAUCGUUCUAUCGUCAAUAUCCAUAGGUGUAGCCGCCCUAGCAGCACUAUGGAUAUUAGUCGACAUUGUACACCGACGAGGGUGGAAAUCUAUGAUGUUGAUUAUGAUCCCAGUCUAUACCAUCAAUGCACUUUACAUAUGGCCGAUAACGGUUGGGGUAUAUUUGAAGUACGGCAGAGCGGCGCAACCUCGGCAUGAACGUUCAGCCAGCGAUUCCAGUACCCUGAAUGAAUCGCUCACGCCCCAGCCCGGUCGCAAUCCUUCAGAUGGAACCAGAGAAAUGAAGAAAGAGGAAUCGGCAAAGGAUGAUCCCGACCACGGGGAGAGAUGCCAUCACUCGGGGGAAAGACCAAUAUUCGCCACCGCCACGAUAGCCGUCUGCCUCUGCGGCGCUGCCUGCGUGCUCGGCGACAUCGUCGGGGAAUGGUUGGUGUACGGGACGGAGGCGAGAAUAGGAGCUCCCGGACGACUACUUUGGACCGAGUUUCUGGUCAAGGAGAAUCGUUAG